CGCGUCCACCGAGGUGGCGGCGCCCGGCGACCAGGCGGCUUUAAGCACAGGCCCCGCCCCGGCCCGCGCGUCUCCCCCGCCCCGGCCCUCGAGCCGCCCGAGCCCUGUUGCCGCCAUCAUGAUCUGCCUGGUGCUGACCAUCUUCGCCAACCUCUUCCCGGCGGCGUACACCGGCGUGCACGAGCGCACCUUCCUGGCCGUGAAGCCCGACGGCGUGCAGCGGCGGCUCGUGGGCGAGAUCGUUCGGCGCUUCGAGAGGAAGGGCUACAAGCUGGUGGCGCUGAAGCUGGUGCUGGCGUCGGAGGAGCUGCUGCGCCAGCACUACGCCGAGCUGCGUGAGCGCCCUUUCUACGGGCGCCUGGUCAAGUACAUGGGCUCCGGGCCGGUGGUGGCCAUGGUGUGGCAGGGUCUGGACGUUGUGCGCGCUUCGCGGGCGCUCAUCGGGGCCACGAACCCGGCCGACGCCACGCCCGGCACCAUCCGUGGCGAUUUCUGCAUCGAGGUCGGCAAGAACGUGAUUCACGGCAGCGACUCGGUAGAGAGCGCCCGCCGCGAGAUAGAGCUCUGGUUCCGCGCAGACGAGCUCCUGUGCUGGGAGGACAGCGCCGGGCACUGGCUGUACGAGUAG